CUUGACAUCAAAGAAACGGAAAGGAAGAAACGAAAAUUUAUGCCAUGGAAGUUUGCCAUUUUGCAAGGGCGAAAUUCAGCCUAAUGGUUUAGGGUUAUUAUACUCUUUGUGUAAACAUGAAAGCAGUUAAAGAUCUACGAAUUUCCUAUGGUGUCGUUGCCUUGUGUUGGUCCAUACUUCAUAAUGUGUUCCUCUUAUACCAUGUUGAGAUGUUUGUGUCUGUCUAUAAGAUAGAUAAAACGUCAUUUUGGAUUGGAGAGACUGUGUUUCUUGUAUGGAAUUCAAUCAAUGAUCCCCUUUUUGGUUGGUUAAGUGACCGCAAGUCGCUGGAAAAGAACGUUCAUGUUGGCUCCAACGAAGUUGCAAGUAAAAGAAUCAGGGCCUUGCAAAAGUUUGGUCCAUUAUUUGUGAUUGGAUUCCUGUCAUUUUGGUUCACUUGGCUACAACCAUCAUUGCAAUUUGUCAUAUGUCUUUGUAUAUACGAUGGAUUCUUAACAAUUAUUGACCUCAAUCAUUCGGCACUGCUAGCCGAUUUAGCUUUAACAGAAGUGGAAAGGACCGCCCUUAAUGGCCACAGUUCUUUAUUUUCUGCGAUUGGAUCGGCAUCUGUGUUUAUGUCGUAUUAUUUUUGGGAUCACAAUCAUAUUAUGACAUUUCAAGUCUUUUGUCUGUUGCUCGCUGCAUUUUCAUUUGUUGGUUUUGGGAUUAGUACUUCAGCAAUGAAACAUUAUCAUGAGAAAAUGUGUCGUUCAUCUACAAUUGCACCAGCUAGUGGCAGAAAUGAAGUUCAAAACAAUUAUAGUUCUUCAACUUUGGCACUAAAGAAAUAUCUUCGACAAUUAUCAAAACACAAAAACUUUUUGUGGUUCACUGCGAUGAAUUUGAUCCAGGUCUUCCAUUGUCAUUUCAACAGCAAUUUCUUUCCAUUAUUCUUGAGCAAGUUACUUGGUGACAAACUCUCGCCAAAAGCAGGUGCAUUUCUGCUUGGUGUAUCAUUUGUUGUGCCCCACAUCAACAAUUUAUAUUUCCUAACUUUGUGUCGGAGAUUUGGUACUUACAUGGUGAUUAAAGGGCUGUUCUAUGUCAAAUUGAUUUUGAGUUUGAUUAUGUUGGCUCUUGGUCCUGAUUGGUCAACCACUCUGUGUAUUUUUAUUGCAAGCAAUCGGGUUUUCACUGAAGGCACUUGUAAAUUACUCAAUUUGGUUAUAAGUGAUCUAGUUGACGAAGAUUAUGUUUUAUAUCGCCGCAAGCAGAGUAUCUCGGCUCUUGUUUUUGGCACCACAGCAUUGCUUUCAAAACCAGGGCAAACACUUGCACCAUUGAUAGGGACUUGGCUGCUUGCCAAACAGACAGGACAUACGAUUUUUCAUUCAAGGACAAUUGACAUUGAGAAUGUUUAUGAAAGUAACAUAGGUGAUAUCAAAGUUGGUGUCUUUCAGGUGUUGGUGUAUACUCCCAUCGUAUGUGCCAUGUUGCAAAUACUCCUGUGGAAUUUUUUCAAAUUGCAUGGUAAGCGAUUAAAAGAUGUGAUGUCGAUACGAAUGGGUGCUGAAAUUGGUGGAAUAGUUUAAAUCUUUACUGGUUUUAUUGCAAAGUAACAAUAGUGUACAAAGUGUAAGUUUUAAAAAUAAAUCAUAGUUUUAAACAAA